GCAUGUCUCUUCUCAAAUUUCAUUCAACAACAUUAUCAUAAUCAACAACAACCAAGACUUACUUUCAUCAACAAUAGUGGCACACUCUGUUAUUUAUCUCCUCAGAAUUGCCCAAGAAGGACUAGCAUUCAGUGGUCUCCAUAUUUGCUCUUAAAGGUGUCUGCUUUGGCGAUGAAAUGAUUGACCAGGUUUCAGUAGUUUCAGUACUCUUGCUAGUCCUUGCUUCCCUGCCUCUUAUUUGACACCUUGUUUCGAAUUCAAUGGUCUCCAUGUGUGCCCUUAAAGCUGGCCAUGGACAGAUUGACUCGAUUUCUGAAGUGAUCUUUCACAGGAAAGUGAAACGGAUUUCCAAAAGGAAGGGUGGGGUCAGUAAUAUGGAUGCCUCUUUAUAGAGUACAAUGCAAAAACUUGAGUGAAUGUAGAACAAUGCUAUGACGAGCUUGUCUUAAAGGUAACUAAAAUCCAUGUACUUUAUUCCAUAAUUGAUAUAGCCUAAUGUUUUUUUUUUAGAUACUCCUGCCUUGAGACAAGGAUCUAUAUGUUUGGAUACAAGAGAAACAUGGAAGCUAAUUAAAGCUUUUGAAUUUGGAUAAUUUAGCUGUUGAUAUACUGAUAUACUGCUGUUCUUGUUUUACUUUUGAGGCUUCAAUUAAUACCAUAUAAUGGGUUUGCAUAAUUCUGGAUAAUGUGCUAAUUUUCUCUGUUACAAACUUACCUCAGAUAAAUGGCAAAAAGUGCA